GCCCGUUUAAGAGGUAGGCGCAUGUACCUCCUCAGAAGUCAAUACAGAGGUAUGUAUUAUAAUUUAGUGAGUCUCUCUCAAAGUCGAAAAAACUUGAUAGCUGAAUCAAAUAUGGUGACACGGAUUCUAUUGAAGUUUUUUCGAAUUGAGAGGUCUAUAAGUAAUUAAAUUCUCAUUUAUCGUCUUACACCAUUUUUACUUUAGCAACUGUUAUUGACAACGUGAAAAACAUCAACUCGUAUAGGGCAUUUGCUCAUGUGGAUGCCUAGAAAUAGAUGAUCUUGGGCUAUGUCAGAAAGUCCAAUUCAAAGGAGGAUGACAAUGCUCGACGCCGAUUAUUGACCUCAAUGAUCACAAAACUGAAGGCAAAGAUGCUUUGUCGUAAAGUAUUUGUUUCUCCUUUUUCCAAUUCAGACACUGAAUUUGAAAAAAGAGACAAGAAUGUGCAAGCUGCCAAAUUCGUAGAAGCACUCAAAUGUGAUGGCACAACGGAAGACUUGCUGCUAUGUUUAGCUUCAGAGACAAGGAUGAUCCGCUUAGUAGCGAUUGACUAUGCAGGGCUCACUACCAAUUUGGAGGACUUGCGAUCAUUUGUGAGUAAGCACAAGUGUAUCAAAGAAAUUGUCAUCGACAAAGGUCAUCUUGUGGAGGUGAUUUCAAGAAAGCAACUCCUGAAAGAUGAUCAGGUUCUUCAAUCGUUCUGUUGUCGCGUCAUAGCAGUCAAUCGUUCAAAGUAAGCCCUUCAUUUCCCUAUGCAACUACCAAUUAUUAAGACUUAAUCUAUUCCAUUCAUUCAACUAUAUUUGUUUAUAUGCGCUAUCCAUUCUUUUAAUAUGUUUGUAUAUUUUUAUAUGUUUGUAUUUGUAUUCAUUAUUACCUUUCCUUUAACAUUUAUGCUAUACAUGCCCUUUAUGCUCAUCUCUUAAUUCAUAACUAAAGUUCCUUAUACCAUUUUUUAAUUU